CAAAUGGAGCGAGAGAAAAAAUAUGGCGGAUUUUCUCCUUGAAAUAAUUCAGAUAUCAAAGACAUUACGCUAAUAGUUUAUAUAUACAACAAUGCCAGUUCUGCUAGAACGUAAGCGGCCUUCUGAAAGGCAGCUUAAAGCUGUACGGGCUUACAUUAUGAGGAGAAGACAGAAAGAGCGACAAGCCCUAGCUGAAAGCAAAGCCAAAGAAGAAGCAGUUAUGCAAUGGAAGCGAGAACAAGAGAAAAAGAAAGAAACUGUGGAAGAUGUUAAAAUGGAGAUAACUAAACUUGAGGAAAAAUUGGAAUCCUUAAAAAACGAGAAACACGAGUUGUUUUUACAGUUAAAGAAGGUCCUGAAUGAAGAGAGUGAGCAAAAACGUCAAAAAGAACGUCAACUACACCCUGCUUUUCACCACCCCAUGAUGGCCACUAGUGUGAAUCGUAUGCCUUAUGUUAUGGUGGGUCCGAGGCCUUUUGGUGUUAUGGGUAAUGCAGUGGCAACUGCAGCACAACCUGCAGUAAGAAUGGAACCACCAGGUGGUGUAAAACAAUCCAUCAGUCCAUUGCAUCAAGGAUAUCCUGCAUAUCCAGCCACUCCGAACCAUCCACAGAUACCCACUCCAACUUACCCACACCCUAAUCCUGUAUACAUGUCAAGUGGCGACCAAUCAUAUGGACCAGGAGGACUACCAUCACAUCCACCACAGRCUGAAAAACACUUCAAAAUCACUAGUAACAAUACAACUGUAACAAGUAACACAACACCUGUGACACCUCUUCAUGUUGUAACAAGUCACGCAACUCCAGCUAGUAGUCACCAGUCUCCUCAUAGUCAAUUGACAAUACACCAGGGAGAUAAACAACAGUCUAGUAUGAAGCUGCAUUCACCAAAGAGUACAACACUUCAUCCAGCACCACAUGCCUAUCAACAUCAUGGAGAUCCAUCACUACAGCAAGGAAGGUCCUUGACAAACCAGUCAACAACCAAUCAGCAAGCAUCCAAGCAUCAGUUUCCUCAUUCACAGCAGAUAACUUCAUCAGCCAAUAAUUACCCAAAACAUGACAUUUCAAAUCAGUUCAAACRCUCAUCUCAACCACAAACUAAACCAUUGUCCUACACAACAGCUUAUCCACCCAAACCUGAACUACCACAACCAUCAGCUCACCAUAAAGGCACACCAAAUAAACCAACACCAACAAAUACAAAGACUGAACAAACACYAAAUAAACAACCUCUACAAUAUCCAUCACAAAYUGAAAAUAUAAAGCAAGAAUAUUCACAAUCAAUAAGACCCCAACAAUAUGGGAUUCAUAAUUAUCAACAACACCAAGGAGUAUCAUCAUCUUCUCAAGCUUAUCCACCAGCAACCCAUCAUGCUAAACAGCUAUCUCAAUCUUCAACUUAUCCAAAUAAAACACAUCAAGAAUCUGAUCCUAAAAAGGCUUUUCAGAUGCCACCAGCUCAACAUCAGCAAGCAUAUGGAUAUUCUGUUCAACAGCAGCCAUCAUCUUAUGCUGAUCAUCAACAGUAUCUGAACAAAACACUAAGCCAAGCACCAGCUCAGGUCAGUUAUCCAACAACAGGACAGCAAACGUACCCAGGCUAUAGUAAGGAACAGAGCACAACRCAAUAUCCUCAACAACAGCAUGGAUAUCAAGUUAGUCAACAAGUAUACAGUGGACAACAACAAUACCAAGGGUAUUUGUCACAACAGUAUCAAGCACAGCCAUACCAUGGUUAUCCUGCUCAAGCUGAACAUAAAGGACAGUCACAAGCUUAUCAGAGUCUACCUCAUGCAUCACCAUCACUCAAGAACCCAAGCAGAACCUCUCAAUUUGAACAAAGUAAACAUGACCAAGAUAUGCCUCCACCACCACCACAGAAACCACCACCAAAACAAGACCAGGAGCAUUACCAUCAGUCAAGUAAGCGAUCUACCCAUAGAUAUAGCCAUCCAUACAAAAGAGAACACCACUCCAGCAGCUCUUCGAAAUCGAAAUUCUCUGAAAAGUACUCAUCUUCUCACGAUGAUCAUUCAGGGAGCAGCUCUUCUCGGCACCAUUACCAUUCUAGCAGUAAAAGCUCACACAGCAAGGGAUCUAGUUCAAGCUCAAGUUCCUCUCGGCAGUCAAGAUACCAUUAAUUUUAUCAACACAGAUAAUCGUGAAUAUAAACAGAUUUUAAUUCAUUAAAAUGAUUAAACCAUUCUU